AUGUCUGCCGCCGAGACCACCAAGCCCGAGGUUGAGGGCGCCAGCGAGGCCCCCUCCGUCACCUCUUCUGCCGUCUUCUCGAUGUUCGGCGGUGGUGCGAAGAAGGAGAAGAAGGAGGAUGAGGACAGGGGCGAUGUCUCCGGAAGCGCCAAGGCCCAGCGCGAGGCUGCCGCCGCCGCUGCUGGCGAGUCCAAGGCUGAAGACGAGGAGCAAGCGCCCGAGUCCGAGGACGUCCACUUCGACCCCGUCAUCAAGCUCACCGAGAAGGUCGAGACCAAGACCAACGAGGAGUCGGAGGAGCAGGUGUUCAAGAUGCGCGCCAAGCUCUUCAAGUUCGUCAAGGAGUCCACCGAGUGGAAGGAGCGAGGUACCGGUGACGUUCGGUUGCUGAAGCACAAGGAGAAUGGCAAGACGCGUCUUGUGAUGCGACGUGACAAGACCCUCAAGGUCUGCGCGAACCACUAUAUCGUCCCCGAGAUGAAGCUUUCCCCCAAUGUCGGUUCCGACCGAAGCUGGGUGUGGAACGCCGCCGCCGACGUUAGCGAGGGUGAGGCUGAGGCCGUCACUCUUGCCAUCCGAUUCGCCAACUCUGAGAACGCCAACCUCUUCAAGGACGCUUUCCUCAAGGCACAAAAGGAGAACGAGGCCCUCUUCAAGCAGUCUGAGGAGGAGGCUGAGAAGGCUGAUGAUGAGGAGAAGCCUGCUGAGGAGGCUUCUUGA